AUGGCUACAGCCUUAGUGAGUGAAUCCUUCGCAGGUAAUUGGAACUCCGGAGAGGGAGGUGGUGGUUAUGAAGGUGGAGGUGGUUUUAGAGGUGGGGAAGGUUUUGGAGGCGGUCAUGGAGGAAGUUUCGGUGGCAGCUUUGGCGGUGGAAGUUUUCAUGGAAGCAGCUUUGGCGGAGGAAGUUUUCAUGGAAGCAGCUUUGGCGGAGGGAGCAGUCAUGGAAGCAGCUUUGGCGGAGGGAGCAGUCAUGGAAGUGGAGGAGGAUGGGAAGACGAUACUUUUCUUGUGAAGAAAAUUAAAAAGCCCUUCCCUGUCCCACAGCCUGUGCCAGUUCCACAAAUAGUUCCUGUUCCAAAGUUCUUCAAAGUCUUCAAACACAUAAGUCUUGCUCAGCCCGUUCAUCAGCCUUUCAUUAUAAAUAGAGUGAAGAAAAUCCCUAUUGGUGUCCCUGCCCUGAAGUUUAUCCCUAUACCUAAGCUGUUCCCAUAUCCCCAGCUGGUUGCUAAACCAAUCCCAAUUAGUGUUCCUAAACCUGUUAUUGUCACCCAGCCCAAGUUUGUCCCUGUAAAGAAACUCGUUCCUGUACCAGUACCAGUUAGCAUUCCCAAACCUGUAGUGGUCCCAGUUUACAAGAGUGUUCCUGUACCAGUGCCCAGUCCCGUGAAGAAGAUAGUAAAGGUGGUCAAGCAAAUUCCAGUUUACAUCAAGAAACCAGUUCCUGUCUACCAAGAAGAGGAACCCUGGUCAGGUGGGACUGGUGGUGGCUACGGAGGUGAAGACUGGUCCAGUGGCGGAGCGGGCUAUGGAGGUGGAGAAUGGAAGUCCAGCGGUGAUGGGAGCUUUGGAGGUGGAGGCUGGAACACGGGUCAAAUGUAUCAAGACCGUAGCGGAAGCCUGCCAGAGCCACAAAAUCAAUAA